AUGGACCGUUUAGAGCUUUCUGGUCUGUACGCCCAUGAUGACUCAUUGUCAACGACAACGACCGAGCAGCGGAUCGCUAAAGAAAAGCCUGGAAGCGGAAGUCACGAACGGCAAUCCAGAAAUAUUCCGAUCGCCGCACAUCUAGAAGGAAUUAGUGAGAGCGAAAAAAUUACUUUCGAAAAUGUAACAGUUCUGUGGCGUCUUAAUUACAAAGUGGAAAAAACGGUAGCUACGUCUGAGAAACUUAAGAAAAUCAUUCCUGACGAAGAACAAGUGUCGGUGAAAAUCUUGGGACACGUUCCCAUCUUGUACGAAAAAUCGAUUUUUGAUGUACCAAAUUUGAAGAACCUUGACCUGUCCAACGUGGGUUUGGAAAAAAUCGAACCGGGAGCUUUUGGUAACUUACCACUUUUGGAAGAUCUCCUUCUCUAUGGGAACAACUUGACAGAAAUCAAAACUGCUACUUUUACCAAUCUAAAUGUAUCGCAGGUAGUUUUGUUAUCCAACUCAAUCACCCUUCUAGAACCAGGAGUCUUCAGGAAUUUGAAAGCUGUUUCCGUGUCACUUGAUAAUAACAAACUCACUGAAUUUUCAAGUGAUGUCUUUGAGAACGUUACUCUUGGAAUCUUGGGUUUGGCUCUUAAUCGUCUACACACCAUCGCACCAGGAGCUCUGUCUGCAAUUGGAUUGACAGAACUGAAUUUGUUUAGUAACAAUUUCGAGGAAAUUGAUCCGCAAAUUUUUGACAUGCAAGAGUUAGUAUCACUCGAUUUGGAUUCAAACUCAAUCAAGCUUCUGCGGCCUGGUGAUUUGAGAAACUUGCCAGAGUUGAAGGAACUCUGGCUUGUGGAAAACCAAUUGGAAGAAAUUCCAGAAGGGGUUUUCAACAACACCAAACUCACCAAGUUGGAUCUAAGCAACAACCAGAUUGCUAAAAUUGCGAGUAAAGCGUUUGAGGACAUUCGUGAGCUUACAUUAUUGAGACUUGACUUCAAUAAGAUUACAGAUUGGGAUAAUAAUUGGCUGAGUGAGGCAAAAUCAAUUUCUGAAAUUUCAAUCAGUUAUAAUUUGAUUACUGAGAUUCCAGACGAAGUAUUGAAGAAUUAUUCUAAUGUGACCAGAAUUGAUUUCCGGGGGAAUAAAAUUAGGAAGAUUUCAGCUCAGGCUUUUUAUAAAUUACAACACAUUGAUCAUUUAAAUUUGGCCUAUAAUGAGAUUGAUAACUGGAAUCCAGAUUUACUGGGUAAUGUUAGCAUUGUUAGUUUGGAUCUCCGUGGAAAUAGAUUGAAGUGCAUUAAAGGAGAUUUGGAGACAAUUUUCAGAAAUGUUCAAAUUGUAUAUUUGGAUAAAAAUCCUUGGGAGGAAGAAUGCGCUAAGAAGAUUGUGGAGUUUCAGCAGAAGAAAAAAAUAGAUAUCCUGGUGGGAUUGUUACCAACUAAACCAAUUCUAUAG